AACUCAGACAGUCGUUGACACUGAGAGGUGAAAUGGCGCAGAAAGGAGUUCAGCUGGACCGAGAAACCUUCUCCUGCUCAAUCUGUCUGGAUCCACUGAAGGAUCCGGUGACUAUUCCCUGUGGACACAGCUACUGCAUGAACUGUAUUAAAGGCUUCUGGGAUGAAGAGGAUGAGAAGAAAAUCCCCAGUUGCCCUCACUGUAGGCAGUCCUUCACUCCGAGGCCUGUCCUGGUGAAAAGCACCAUGUUAGCAGCUUUAGUGGAGAAGCUGAAGAAGACUGGACUCCAGGCUGCUCCUGCUGAUCACUGCUAUGCUGGACCUGAAGAUGUGGCCUGUGAUGUCUGCACUGGGAGGAAACUGAAAGUCCUCAAGUCCUGUCUGGUCUGUCUGGCCUCUUACUGUGAGAAACACCUCCAUCCUCAUUAUGACGCAGCCUCAUUAAAGAAACACAAGCUGGUGGACCCCUCCAAGAAGCUCCAGGAGAACAUCUGCUCUCAUCAUGAUGAAGUGAUGAAGAUGUUCUGCCGUACUGAUCAGCAGUGUAUCUGUUAUCUCUGCUCUGUGGAUGAACAUAAAGGCCACGACACAGUGUCAGCUGCAGCAGAAAGGACUGAGAGGCAGAGAGAGCUGGAGGUGAGACGACAAAACAUCCAGCAGAGAAUCCAGGACAGACAGAAAGAUGUGAAGGUGCUUCAACAGGAGGUGGAGGCUAUCAAUGGCUCUGCUGAAAAAGCAGUGGAGGACAGCCAGAAGAUCUUCACUGAGCUGAUCCGUCUCAUGGAGAAAAGAAGGUCUGAUGUGAAGCGGCAGCUCAGAUCCCAGCAGGAAACUGAAGUGAGGCGAGUCAAAGAGCUCGAGGAGAAGCUGGAGCAGGAGAUCACUGAGCUGAAGAGGAAAGAUGCUGAGCUGAAGCAGCUCUCUCACACACAGGAUCACAACCAGUUUCUACACAACUACCCCUCACUGUCACCACUCAGUGGAUCUACAGACUCAUCCGGCAUCAGGAUCCGUCCUCUCAGCUACUUUGAGGACGUGACAGCUGCUGUGUCAGCAGUCAGAGAUAAACUACAGGACGUUCUGACAGAGGAAUGGACAAACAUCUCACUGAGAGUGGCUGAAGUGGAUGCUUUACUGUCUUCACAACCAGAACCCAAGACCAGAGCUGAAUUCUUCAGAUAUUCACGUCAAAUGACACUGGAUCCAAACACAGCAAACACAAAGCUGUUGUUAUCUGAGGGGAACAGACAAGCAACAUUAAUGAGUAAACAUCAGUCUUAUUGUUAUCACCCAGACAGAUUCACUUUUUAUUAUCAGGUCCUGAGUAGAGAGAGUGUGACUGGACGUUGUUACUGGGAGGUGGAGUGGAGAGGGUCAACAGUUUGUGUAGCAGUGGCAUACAAGAAUAUCAGCAGAGCAGAUGGGAAUGAAUCUGCAUUUGGACGAAAUAACAAAUCUUGGGCGUUAGAUUGUGAGAACAACAGUUAUAAGCUUUGGCACAUCAAUGUGAAAACUCCCGUCUCAGGUCCUCGGUCCUCCAGAGUCGGAGUGUACCUGGAUCACAGUGCAGGUAUUCUGUCCUUCUACAGCAUCUCUGAAACCAUGACUCUCCUCCACAGAGUCCAGACCACAUUCACUCAGCCUCUCUGUGCUGGAUUUCGUUUUUUUUAUUUUUCUGACACUGCUGAGUUGUGUAAACUCCAACAGUCAGACGUCAUUUAAGGGACAGUGGGUUAAAUUGUGUGUUUGAAUUCUGAAACUUGUCUUCAUGUUUGUUGCUGAUUGUUGUGGCAUUUGUUGGCUGCACAGAGAUCAGCUGUCAAUCAAACACUGUGGGUGGGACUUUGACGUCUUCUCAUGUGUUGUUCUGUAAAUGUUUCAGUGUGUUUAGGUGGAGCUACUUCCUGUGUCUGUUCAGCCAUGGAGGCUCUCGCUGCUCAGGAUGAUCGCUGUUUACCUGAACUGACUCUUCUCUGCAUGAAAAACAGAAACUUCUCUGAAUCUCUCUUUGAAUAAAGUUUUUUUUUUUCAAGAC